AUGGUGAACACUCGAAAGGGAACCUACAAGUCCACUGAGGAAGUGUCUGAACCUCCAAGUCCAAGAGCAGCUGUGCAUGACAUUCCUAGUGGUUCGACUAAAUCGUUACACGAAGAAACAGUUUCUGAGAAUGUCAUGAAGAAUGUCGAAACUGCACCAGCUGCAUCUGAGGCUCAUCUUUCUAACAUGGACUCUGAUGACCUAGAUGAUGUACCUCUGGCCCGAUUAGUGAAGAAGGUUACUGCACCUCAUCCUGUUCCUAAAAUUAUUAAUGAUAAUGUCUUAUCUGAUCAAUCCCAAGAGAGCUCAUCGUCUGAGGGUGUGUUCGUCCCUACUCCUGAUCUUCGUCAAACGUCUUCUAUAGAACUAGGCCCAUCGCUUUACACUUCUCCAAUUCAACCUCCUAUUCCGAACAUUGCUGCUCCGACUGAUUCAGAGGAUGUUCCGUCUGCUCCUUCUGAAGGAGGAACUGAAGCUCCAAAUGAACAAAAUGAUACCCCUCCUGAUAAUGUUGACGAUGUUGAACCUGUUGCCCCUGGGGAUCAUAAUAAAGAAGUUCAUGUUGCUGAUUCUGUCGAUCCAAGUGCUCAACAAGAAACUCCUUUAGUUCCCACAGAAUCAAAUCCGUCUAGGAAGAAAGAAAAUGUACAGCGUUGGAAGUUUGUUGUGCAAUGGCGAAUAGCAGAGGAGGUAAAUAUUUCGGAUAAACAUCAUUCAUGUGUGAGCAUUAUGAAUCUGAUUGCGAAGGCUGGACUAUCUAAAACUAUUUCUGAUGUGAGCUCGUUCUAUCCUCAACUUAUUAGAGAAUUUGUUGUCAAUUUGCCAACUGAUUUCAAUGACCCAAGUAGCCCAAAUUAUCAGACAGUCCAUAUUAGGAGCUUUAAAUUUUUAAUUACUUCGGCUGUUAUAAAUGGUUUUCUUGCCUGUGAAUGGUAUACCUGCUGCUGGUUAAGUGUUAAGUAUGCAAUACUGCAUAAAAUUGGUAUUGCUAAUUGGUUUCCUUCAUCUCAUGCCUCUAGUGUUUUUGCUGCGUUGGGCGCCUUCUUGUAUCGCAUCUGCAAUGAUGACAGGGUAGACGCUGGUGCAUUUAUCUACAAUCAGCUGUUAAGGCAUGUAGGAUCCUUUGGAGUCAAGCUUCUGAUUGCUCUACCAAGGUUCUUUUCGGGGUUACUACUACAUUUAGAUGCUGCUAUAUUGAUCACCUCAGACGUACCUUGCCCUGAUCCUAAGACUUUGUCACUGAGCUACAGACUAUUUCAGGGAGUCAUGUGUCUGACAUAA